AUGAUCAUGGCCUGGAACAAGGCUUUUGGGUCGAGGAUGUCCUGUGGCCUCGAUGUUGCGGGAAGGCUGCGCCGUGGAGGGCUGCUCCGAACGAGUUGGAGGAUUACAAAAGGCGGACAAUGUUGUCAUUCAGACUCAGUGGAGGGCGUGUCCACAACCGAGCUUUUGGCCAAGUGGUCUGGAAGGCCGUUCCGCUGGAGCAGUGGCAGCCUUCCUUGGCUUGCAUUUCCAGGUGUGAUCCCGCUGCUUCCUGGCAAGUGGCAUUUUGGGCUAUGUCAUGAAAGGCCAACAAAGGCUCCAUGUGCAGAGAAAACAGGAACUGCAGCGGGCUUGGAAGCUGCUUCUCCGCCGUCAAGUUCGACGCUGUCUUUUCAGCAGGACGAGCGCAUGGACCUGGGAAGGCGCAAACAAGCAGGCACAGUCGCAGCCAGGAUCCUGCAGCACCCGGCGAACUCUAUCAGGACCGGUGAUGAGUUCAUCAGCGUCAUCAUCCCACCGGCCAAGGACAUGUGA